UCAGCUUCUCCAAAUUUUGUUUCUUGCUUAAUUUUAUCGAAGUAUUUUUGUUCUUUUUUUCUUUUUUCUUUUUCCUCUCCCAUCUCUUGCACUAUAUAUCUUAAGCUAAGAGAUAAGAAGCAUGUCCGAUUCUUAUUGGAGGUACAGUGACCCUCGCCAACCUCCGCCUUCCUCUAUCCCUCCUCUCGUCGGAAAACGCCCUCGCUCCGAUUACGUUGUCUCUGGUGGCCAUGAGCUCUCUGGUUAUUAUUCACGGGACGAUGAUAAAAGAACAAUGCGGGCAACCAGAGAUAGUGACUCCAUCGGAGAAUCUUAUGAUCGUUACCUUCGCAGCACGCAACUGUCAUCAUAUAGUAGGAGUCAGUCUGGUAGACCAAUGAGUGGUGGAAUGCCCGGCCGUGCUGUUGAUGAUCCUCGAAUGGUGGGUAUUGGUGGUCUUGAUCCUGGACAAACAAUAAAAGAUAGGACUAUAGGAUUUGGUAGUGGAAGGCCCGAACCUCGCCUUCCUCCUGAUGCAUCCAGUACUCUUUUUGUUGAGGGUUUGCCUCCUGAUUGUACAUGCCGAGAAGUUUCUCAUAUUUUUCGCCCAUUUGUUGGGUACAAGGAAGUGAGACUUGUAACCAAGGAACCAAGAUAUCCUGGAGGAGAUCCAAUAAAACUUUGCUUUGUUGAUUUUUUAAGCCCAUCUCAUGCUGCUACUUCAAUGGAUGCUUUACAAGGUACUGACAUACCCAAUCACCCAUGCAUGCACUAGUGAAGUGAAGCACAGACUAGGGGCUUAUGUAAUCAGUCCCUGUUUUAUUCCGAUUCCUCCUCCUUUUUCUUUCCCCUUUUCCUUUGUCCAAUUUUUUUCUUCCAAGUGAGUUUUAGAGAAAGAUCCAAUUGUAAGGGUAUCAGAUAUGAGAGUGGAGAUAGGAAUAGAGAAGAUUGUAGCCAGAUUUCUUUUCAAAGGAAUGGCUCCUUGAGUGCUUGGGGAUUUAAUUAGAUGGUUAAGUUCAAAACCAAGGAGUCAUUUGGUUCACUUGUUCCAGUUUUGUUAACUAGUUUAUGUCUUGUUUCAACUUUCAUUCGCAAUGAAUGACUGGUUAAAAAUAUAAAAUCAAUGAUAUAAAUGCUAUGAAGGGACAGUUCAAACAGAGAAUCUCAGCCAUCAUUGUUCCAUUACAAGCUUAGGUUUCCCUUCUUUUUUCAUUCAUUUUUUAGGGGUUCUUGGAUUUUUCUCUGGUCAAAUUAGUUAUAAUUCAUCAGCAUGUAUGUUUGACGGCCUGUGAUUUCAGGGAAAUUUUCGAUAUGUACUUUAUAUCAGCAAUUAAAGAGGUUAACAGGAGAGAUAA